UGGUCAGCCUUCAGGCAAGAACGCUACACUUCUAUAAAAAGGUAGGCAGGUGCAAGCCGCAAAAGUGCAGUCUCACUUUUUCGUAGCAUCGUAAAACGCAUUUGCCGAAUUUUCCGGAGAAAGUUUCUCUUUGAACAUUAUUCUUUUUCUAGACAAACCACAAUUGGGAUCGUAUAGCGCAGAUAAAGAGUCCGUUUAAGCAAAAGGAAUAGCAAAGCACACAAAAUGGCUCGUGGGUUUGGCGUCGCCAUCGUUCUUCUGGCGAUGGCCGUUCUUGGCAAUGCCGAUUUCGUAAGGGUGCCCAUACAUAAAGCCCCUUCCGCUCGUGACCACUUCCGUAGCGUUGGUACCGAAAUCCGGCAGCUCCGUCUGAAGUAUGGAGACACGACUGGUCCGGUUCCGGAACCACUGUCCAACUAUCUCGAUGCUCAAUACUUUGGUGCUAUUUCUAUCGGCACGCCACCCCAAAGCUUCAAGGUGGUGUUCGAUACGGGUUCCUCCAAUCUGUGGGUACCGUCGAAGCAGUGUUCGUUCACUAACAUCGCCUGCUUGAUGCACAACAAGUACGACGCCAAGAAGUCUUCGUCGUUCGAGAAGAAUGGUACCGCUUUCCACAUCCAGUACGGUACCGGUAGUCUGUCGGGUUAUCUGUCCACCGACAGCGUCAGCGUGGGCGGUGUAACGGUCGAGAAGCAAACGUUUGCCGAAGCCAUCCAAGAGCCGGGUCUCGUGUUCGUGGCGGCAAAGUUUGACGGUAUCCUCGGACUGGCCUACAAAUCGAUCUCGGUCGAUGGUGUAACGCCCGUGUUCUACAAUAUGUUCAACCAGGGCAAGAUUGAUGCACCGGUAUUUUCGUUCUACCUAAACCGCGAUCCAAGCGCAUCGGAAGGUGGAGAAAUCAUUUUCGGUGGAUCCGACUCCAAACAUUACACUGGUGACUUCACCUACCUGAGCGUGGACCGAAAGGCGUACUGGCAGUUCAAGAUGGAUGCCGUCUCCGUGGGUGAUAGUCAGUUCUGCAAUAACGGGUGCGAGGCAAUUGCUGACACCGGUACCAGCCUGAUUGCCGGCCCGGUAGCGGAGGUAACGGCCAUUAACAAGGCUAUCGGUGGUACACCGAUCAUGAACGGCGAGUACAUGGUCGAUUGUUCCUUGAUUCCAAGCCUGCCCAAGAUCACCUUUACCCUCGGAGGCAAAGCAUUCACGCUGGAGGGUGCUGAUUACAUUCUGCGUAUCGCUCAAAUGGGCAAGACUAUCUGCCUGUCCGGUUUUAUGGGCAUUGAUAUACCGCCCCCGAACGGACCGCUGUGGAUUCUGGGAGAUGUUUUCAUCGGCAAAUACUACACCGAGUUCGACAUGGGUAAUGAUCGUGUUGGAUUUGCUACCGCAAUUUAAAGAAGGUGCCUCAGAGAAUGGGAGAAACCAAAGGUGUCUAUGAAAUAGAUGGUAGACAAUGUGGUUCGAUUGUUAAAUUCCGGAAAAGUGCUAAAAGUUCAGCAUUAGCAUGGUAAUAACUGGUGUAUGUAGUGCGUUAAAAAAGUAAAAGAUUUUUGAAUAAAUACUGAACAUACGAACUAAAACAUUA